AUGACGCUAAAAAAGAAACCUAAUACAGAAGGCGCUACGCGUAAUUACAUAACGCGUACCCAAGCUAUAAGGAGGCUUCAGGUAUCUCUAAAGGAUUUCCAGAGGCUCUGUAUUCUCAAAGGGGUAUACCCGCGCGACGUCGCCCGUGGAAAUACCCUUACAAGCAAAGGUAUUAAUCGCAAGAAGCUUAAAAAGGAUAAAAUAUACUAUCAUAUCAAUGAUGUGCGUUACCUGGGCUCCGGUGACCUACUUGCUAAAUUUCGUGAUAUACGUGCCCAUCUGAAACGAUAUCGUAAACUUGUAGCUCGUGGCGAGCUUUAUGAUGCAAAAAUAAGGGAAAAGAAGUGCCCUACAUACUCUCUUGCAUCCAUUGUGAAGGAACGAUGUCCAGCGUUGGUCAAUGCUGUUGCUGAACUUGAUGAUGCGGUAUCAACCAUUGCCGCAGUAGCAGCACUGCCAUCAGAUACCAAGAAUGGUGUCGCACCUAAGCUUAGCCGGGCUUGUCAUUUGCAUCUGCAACAUUUUUUGAAAUAUGUUAGCGAGAUGCGAUGUUUAAAGAAAACUUUUAUAUCUAUCAAGGGAUUUUACUUCCAAGCGGAGAUACUAGGGGAAACAGUAACGUGGAUAUUACCACAUUGCUUUUCACAGGCUAUACCCGAUGAAGUGGAUUUCAAGGUAAUAUCCACGUUCGUGGAAUACUACAUAGAGCUCGUGAAGCUUGUAAAUUUCAAGCUCUACUCCAUGGCAGGAUUGUCGUACCCACCUUCGGUAAGGCCGGAGUUCGAGAAUGUUGGAGAUGAAUUUAUCCACCUAGAAACCACUGGAGGCGUAAGUGUAUCUGAUGGUCUCUUUAGUGGCAUGCGAUUCUUCAUGUUCCCCGAAGUCCCAAUGGUACCAACGAGCCUGGUUAUCAUCUCUAGUGGUGGCAUGUUAUCUGACUUGGAAAAUGCAACUCAUGUCAUCGUUGACCGUCCUGUAAAAGAAAUAGACCCAAAGAAGGACUAUGUACAGCCGCAAUAUGUAUACGAUUGCCUUAAUUGUGGAAUACUGCUACCAGUGCAGCAGUAUGCCCCGGGAGCUACACUACCGCAUCACCUAUCACCAUUUGUUGAUGACUUGGCUGUUCCGGAUAGACAGGUAGAGCUGGACAAGCUCAUUAAGGAAGCGUUACAUCAAAACCUGCCUGAUGAUGAUCCUGAAGAUGUGAAGGUGCAACGUGCGAAAUACCAGGAAGACCUUAAGGAGGAAACUGAGAUGACAUCUGAGAUGAAAGAGAUGUCUAAGGCGCUGAUGACUAAGAAGACGAAGAGAUUGCUUUCUAAAAUUGAGUUUGGCAAGCAGCGGAAGGCUGAGGCUGCCGAAAAGCUCCGGCAGAAGAAACAAGCUAUUAAGAAUAAAACUAAAUAA